AUGGAUGUUCUACUCUAUGUUUAUGAUCUUUCUAAGCUUUCUCGUCCAUUAACAGGAGUGCAGAUAGAUGCGAUAUACCAUACAUCCAUAGUACUGGAGGGGACGGAAUACUUCUUUGGCAGAGGUAUCCAGCAAGCGGCUCCCGGUUCAACCCACCAUGGCCAGCCGAUGGAGACCAUCAGCCUGGGCCGUACUGAUCUGCCCAUGGAUGUAAUAUCAGAGUACAUGGAGUCCCUGGCUGAGACUUAUCAUGAAAGCUCCUAUGACUUGUUCCUUCGGAAUUGUAACAAUUUUACCCACGACUUGUCCAUGUUUCUAGUUGGCAAGGGCAUUCCAGAUCAUAUCAGAAAUCUCCCAGAAACAUUUCUUAAUACCCCCUUUGGCCAGAUGAUGAAGCCUUAUAUUGAUGGUAUGCUCCGUGGAGCUACCCAGGGACCUGCCAUUCAGCCCGAACCUGUAUCCGCACCGACAAGAGCAGCAGUACCGGAGAUCAACUCAGCUCAACAGCCUCCAAAAGGCGAGGUCCGGAAUGCCUCGACGCUUAAAGACAUCCAAAGUUUACUUGCUUCGGCAAAAUCCUCGUGUGCUGUAAUAUUCUUCACUUCCUCCACUUGUCCUCCCUGCAAGAUCGUAUACCCAACCUAUGAUCAGCUCGCAGAAGAAGCCGGUAGCAAAGCAGUCCUCAUCAAGGUAGAUAUUGCCCAGGCAUAUGACAUAUCUUCCCAUUACCAAGUGAGGGUAACACCAACGUUUAUCACCUAUCUAAAGGGUGAACGAGAGAAUCAGUGGUCUGGGGCGAAUCCUACCGAGCUUCGGGGAAAUGUACAGCUGCUUCUACAGAUGGCAUGGCCGCCGCAUCCUCACUCCAGCCUCAAACUUCCCAGCUUAGAGCGUCAUAUCGAUCAAUAUAUAUCCUACAAAAAGGUUCCCCCAUUGGAUAAGCUGUUGUCAAAGGUCGGGCCUGCUGCUAGCGACCCCAGCAUUGUUGCCUUGGUCAAUUUCAUCAAAGCAUCAAAUAGCACCGACCAGACAAAGCCUCCAUUGCCGGAUCUCAACCAGCUCUCCUUCUUUGUGAAGACAAAGUUCCUCUCCCUCCCGGCAGAAACCCAUUUUGCCAUCCUGGACCUCUUUCGAGUUAUCUUUGGCGACCCGAGGGUCAGCGGAUACUACGCCGAAGAACACGACCAUGGAACCAUAUUGACUCUCCUGUCCCGAGCGAAUGACCUUUCGAAUACACCGUACAGCCAGCAGCUUGUCAUGACACAUCUAGCUUGCAACUUCUUUACAUCUCACCUUUAUCUAACCCAGCUCGCGCACCAUGAUGGUCUCCGCCACGCCUGCAUCAAGCUUGCAACGAAUGCCCUAUUAGACUACCGCAGCAGCCUCAGAGCAACAGGCGCAUCUCUCAUAUUUAACCUUGCUGCGUCUAAUCAUAAUAAACGGUUGCUUGAUCCUCCCGAGGCGGAAAGCCUGCCAGAAGCGGACCAGUUUGAGCUGCUUGCGUCGGUAGUCGAGGCUAUCAGGGCAGAGCAGGAGAGCCCCGACACGUUGCACGGUUUGCUCCUAUCAUUGGGUCUUCUUGUACACUAUGCACCGGUCGAUGGUGAGGUGGUAGAGCUCUGCAGGGCGCUAGAGGCCGAGUCGGUAGUACUCAAGAAGGCAGGCAUCGACGCAUUCAAGAAGGAGAAGGCUCUGUUGCAGGAAAUUGGUCGGGAGCUCAUGGGGAGAUGCCUCAGCUUGAACUAG